CACAACUAUUAUAUAUAAUUGCUUUAUAAGUGAUGACAAUAUAAAUAUUUUCAGGUAAAAGUGAAAGAAACAUCUCAAGAUCCACCAAAAUCAAGGAACUCAACACCCAAAAACACAAAGAAACCAACAGCAACAAACACUGAUGGAACAGUUUCCAAAAAGAAGAAAAGUCCUCCAGACAUACUGACAUCUGACAAAGACAUUCCCAUAUUGAAACAACUUAAAGAGGCUGAGAAGUUGCUGAAAUCAAAGCAAGCAGCUAAAGCAAAGGCAGCAUACCAAAGGCUUAUAUCUUCCAACCCUGAGAGUCCAAUGGCAAGAUUUGGCAAAGCUGAAUCUCUCUUCCAACAAGCUGAACAAGAAAGAAGUAACAAGUUGUUGCAGGAAUGUAUUCAAGCUUAUAAUGAGGUAGCAGAGUUACCAACAUGCCCACCAGCUUUGAAGAAGAAAGCAUUAUUGACAAAAGCUGAGAGACAAACAUUCCUAGGUCAUCUAAGAGCUGCCUUGCUUACUAAGACCCAGCUAGCAAGGGAAUUCCCCAAUGAUGGGAAAGUAUUAAACCAGCUAGGAGUUGCUUACUUGAUGAUUGGACAAAAUGAUAAAGCAAAACAAGUUUUUGAGAAGGUCCUUGACAUCCACCCUGGUGACGGCUUUGCCCGCGUACACCUUGGUUUUAUCAUCAAGAUCAAAGGAGAUUGGUUGAAGUCGAUCGAAUAUCUUCUGCCUGGUGUAACUUCAUUAGAGGAAGGAACGCAGGAGGGGAAGUUUUAUUUCCAUCUUGGAGAUGCUUUGUAUCGGACUAAUAGAACUAAAGAGGCUGAUGAAAUCUACAAACUUGGUGCCGAACGUGGAUUGUUUCGUUCCAAGUUUCAACGAUCGCUGUACAACGUGGAACGACUUCAAUCCAGACCGUUCUGGACACCACAGCAAGCUAAAGUGGUCGAUUAUGUUAAGAAAUUGGAGAAGAAUUGGAAGGUGAUCCGAGACGAAGCUUUGAAGAUGAUGGACGUGAAGAAGGGGUUGUUCGUGAAUGAAGACGAGAAUCUAAGGAACACGGGAGAAUGGAGGCAAUUCACGUUGUAUCAGAGAGGUAAGAAAGAUGGCGCAUGCAGUAGAGUUCCCAAGACAUGUUCUAUAUUGGAGCAAAUGCCGAAUGCAAUUGGUUGUACAAGGGGACAGGUCAAGUAUAGCAUUAUGAUGCCUGGAACCCAUAUUUGGCCCCACACGGGCCCCACAAACUGUAGAUUACGUAUGCACCUUGGAUUGGUGAUACCAACUACUGGUGAUGGUGUCAGACUUAGAUGUGCAGAUGAUAUAAGAACAUGGGAGGAAGGGAAAGUUUUAAUAUUUGAUGAUUCGUUUGAACAUGAAGUUUGGCAACAAGCGGACACCUUCAGACUUAUCCUUAUAGUUGAUGUAUGGCACCCUGAUAUCACUGAGCGAGAAAAAAAAACAUUAUCACCGAUAUAAUCAAUUUUACCUAAAGUUUUACGAAAACCCUAACAUUUUACUUAUGCUGUAUUUCUACACAAUAACCUUGAAUUAGUUGCACCACUUUCACAGGUGUUUAUAUAAGUUAAGUUGUAUUUGACCGACACUUCAGUAUUUUUGACAACUAGUUUUACAAAGUGUCAACAAAACAAUAACCUUGAACUAGUGGCCCCACUUUUUACAAUUAUCUUUUUAAUUUGAAAUAUGUCUUAACAUUUUUACCACAUAGAAAACCACAUAUCAGGUAAUACGUUUCGUCCAUGUGUUAUACAGUAUUAACUUUAUAUAAUUUACAUUCCUGCCAUUAACCCAUAACCAGCAUACAUAUAUAUAUAUGCGCCUUGAGCUGUAGAUUCUCAAACUGUCGCAACACACUUGUUCUGAAUGAAAGGGCUGAGGUGUUCAGCGCUUUAACUAAAAAUUUCAUGACGCACAACGUGACAUAAUGUCUAACUAGGUAUGCCGUGAAAUUUUGUUUUGAAUUUUUUUUAAAUAUUGAAGUUUUACUAAUUAACAAUAAUUUAUCAAAGAAAAUAGGUAUUUAAAAUAUUAGUUUUUGAAUAUUUAUUGUGCCGCGAACAUAUCCAUAAAAACCAAGUGUGUUGUGAGCUUAUAAGUUUGCGAACCCUUGCUCUUAUGCAACAACCUUCACGCAGCAAUUAUGGUUUACAUUUUGUCGCAUUUUUAUAUCUUUUUUACAAAUUUAAACAAUCAUCUGUAAUUGUUAUAGAAAUAACUUCUGGUAAAAAUAAGUAGUUUUAUUUCAUCAACGUUUUAUUUGGAUUAUUACUAAACUUAAUGCCGUAUAGUGGGGCGGGGGAAGAUGGGACACCUUUAGCACAUAUUAUCCAAAUAUUCUUAUCGUGUUUUAAUUAUUAACAACGGUCUUUGGAAGUUGUUGUGAUAUAGUUUUACAGUUCUUUGAAUGUCCUUUGUUUACUACUCAAUGGGACGAGAAAAUAAAGUAAGAAGGUGUCCCAUCUUACCCCACUAGACAUUGGAUCCUUUGCAAUGAUCUUAAAUAUCUUUACAAAUCAUUAAACUUAUAACAUAGUUAA